UGCCUCCUGUGAAUUUGGUACAUUCCUGGAUCAGGCUUUGCGAGAUAAGUUUGUGUGUGGCCUCCAUGAUGAGUUCUACCUGCAUAAGCUGCUAAAUGAAACAGAUCUCACCUUCAAGUCUGCUUGUAACAUUGCCUUGGCUAUAGAAUUAACCAGGAGUGACUCUCAGCAAUUCAAAGAGCUAAAUAGUUGUUCAUUUACAGAUCUCCCUAAAAUAACUACAUGGUCUAAACCCACUUCAUCAAAUUCACCACAGCCACCUACAGUGUCAGUUACAGGCGAGCAAGCAUUUCAGACACAAAGGGUCAAUUCAUGCUACCGCUGUGGGGGCCCGCAUCAGCAACAGAACUGCAGAUAUAAAUCAGAAACCUGUAGAAAUUGUGGGAAGUUAGGUCACAUUGCUCGUGUCUGCAGGAGCAAACCAGGCAGGCGCAGGGCGCAAUACGUGACUAAUUGUGACAGUCAGGAAAGUGACUGCACAGACUUGAAUACAGUCAAUACUACGCAUGGGGGAGAUGAUGGCAUACAUAUUAAGCUGGAAAUUGAUGGGCAUCCAGUAAACAUGUUACUGGACACAGGUGCAUCUGUAUCACUAAUAUCAGAGUUUGUUUACAAGAAUUGUUUAGGUGGAAUUGCAUUGCAGAACUCACCUUCACACCUCACGUCUUAUACUGGAGAGAAGAUUCCUGUACUUGGACAGAUCCAAGCGCCAGUCACAUAUGAAGGUCAGUCAUUUAUAUUGCCUUUAGUGGUUGUGAAGGGUGACAGGCCCACUCUUUUGGGCAGAAAUUGGUUGAAGCACUUAAAGCUGAAUUGGGCUAAAAUAUUUACUAUCAAACAAACUGAAGCUACCUUUCACAAAAAUCUGGAACAGGUCCUGAGUAAACAUGACUCUCUCUUUAAGGAAGACUUUGGCAGUAUUAAGGGGCUAAAGGCAACUAUCACUGUAACUUCAGGUGCAAAGCCCAUUUUUCAUAAGCCACGUCCUUUGCCAUAUGCCCUUAAAGAACCUGUGGAGAAAGAACUAGAAAGAAUGGAACAUUAUGGUAUUGUGUCACGUGUCAAAUACAGCAGCUGGGCUGCCCCAAUUGUAGUGGUCCCCAAAAAGGACAAAACUAGUAGACUUUGUGGUGACUACAAGGUCACUGUCAAUCGCUGUAUUGAACCAGAACCUUACCCACUACCAAAUGUAGAGGACUUGUUUGCUACACUUGCUGGAGGUAAAUAUUUUAGCAAGAUUGAUUUAUCAAAUGCCUAUCAACAGCUAGAGCUGGACCCAGAUUCAAAGACAUUCCUUACCAUCAACACACACAAGGGUUUAUUCCAAUACCAGCGCUUACCAUUUGGAGUAUCUACAGCACCAGCAAUUUUUCAGCAUGCAAUGGAUCAGAUUCUUCAAGGAAUCGAUCAUGUGGUCUGUUUUCUGGAUGACAUUUUAAUUACAGGUUCAUCUGUUGAAGAGCAUUUGGCAUUGUUAGAUAAGGUGUUAUCAAAAUUAAAAGCAUCUGGGGUGCGAGUAAAAUUGUCCAAGUGUCACUUUCUCCAGGAGUCUGUAGAAUACUUAGGAUACCGCAUAGAUGCACAAGGUCUUCACCCAACAGAAACAAAGUUAUCUUUAUGGAAGGAAGUUUUCACUGGUCACUGAUCACAAACCACUUCUGGCCAUUCUUGGGCCAAAAUCAGCAAUUCCAACACUGGCAGCACUUCGAAUGCAAAG